CUUCUUGUCAGUAAAAAAGGAAGUAAGUAUAUAUAUACCGGCGGAGUCUGUCUUUCCAGCAUAACCUCCUCCGCCGCCACUGCACAAUGAACGCCAAGGUCCUUCUCCUCCUGGCUCUCGCCGCCGCCGUCGCCGCAGAGUCUCGUGAGCAAACUUCUCUUUCCUUGCGGUCCUACGGCCGCCCCUCCUACGACCGCUCCUCCGAAGAAUCCUACGGCCAAUCCGAUGAGUCCAGGGAGGCGAAGUACGAAUUUAGUUACUCCGUCAAGGACUACUACGGUAACGACUACGGCCACCAGGAGAAGCGAGACGACGACUUGACGGAGGGCUUCUACUACAACCACCUGCCCGACGGCCGCCUGCAGAAAGUGACCUACUAUGUGGACGGCGACUCCGGCUACGUGGCCGACGUCAGCUACGAGGGCGAGGCCCGGUAUGAUUCCGGGGAGUCCAGGGAGUACUACGGUCGACAGAACUCCGGCUCCCGGGAGUCCUACAGGCCGCCUUACGGCUCUAACGAGUCCAAGUAAAGUAAGCGUGGCUGGCUGCGGGCUGCGUCGGCUGGGCUGUGAUGUGUCGAGGCUUGGCACAGCCGCCGCGACGCUGACGGCUGCUGCGCCAAGCCUGCUAGUCUCGCUUUCUGUGACACCAUGUGUCUUCACCUCUUGCUUUGUUAUAAGGUUUUGAAUACUAUUUUGAUAUAAGAAAAUUAAGAAAAAAGACAAAAAGGGUUUAUCUGAAAGUUGAGAAAACUACUUUACAAUAAAAAAAUAAAAUAUAUAAAACGAAAUUCUGU